AAAAGUUUUCCCGGAAAUGCUUUGUUUUUUCUUUUGAGAUGAUGCUCGAAAUUGCAGCAUCAACUUUCAGGAGGCUUCAUCCCAUCCUGCUCCCACCAGAGCAUCUGGACCGGACCACUAACGUUAUUAGCGGAUCUUCCUGUUGAGAAGACAGAAGAAUCCUAUCAGCUGAGUCAACUGAGCGUCAGACUGUGUGGCAGCAAAGACUGGCUGAGUGCUUCAUGAUGGGAUACUUUCGGUCAGCAUGGCAGAGGACUUCCUCCACAGCACAUGACAUAUCACGGCUGCAUUUUUUGAUGCCGCCGUUCUACAUUUGAUGGCAUCAUUGUGUGCUCAAGCGAUAAAGUUUAAGUGAAAAUUAUGAAGUCAACUAAAGUGGAUGUAAUUUGAUAGAAUUCACUCACAUUAAACUUAUUAUCCAGUUAAUGAUUUGGCUUGCACUCCGUAGCCUGGCACAGGCAGACGCAUCCCACGUGUCUACCUGAGGCUGUCCAUUUUAUGGAGGCCUUGCAUAGUUGCCUGACGACCGGGGAGCAGUCCGCAGGUCAAGAACAUUGUCAACCAGAGUCUCCUCACCGAGGCCCGCAGCCUAAGUCUCCCUCCCAGCCGCGUCGGCAGCAGCAAACUGGCUCCCCGAAGCCCCAUGGCACGCUACAGCAACCCAAACAGUCCAGACGCCAGCAUCCUGGACGUAAACGUCUCAGGCACCAGCGGCAGAGCGUCGACUCGGAUACAGCGCUGGAACCCAAACAUGAGGCAACAAAAGCAACCACAGUUUGUAGUCCGUCACCAGGCUCACCUUCUUCAGCAGGUGGCCCCACCCUGUCUAAACCAGAUACCCAGGAGGGCACCCCAAAACAGAAGCGUGAGCGCAAGCCUCAGAGACCAGGCAAAUACGUCUGCACGUACUGCGGCCGUGCAUGUGCAAAGCCUAGUGUCCUACAGAAACAUAUUCGCUCCCACACAGGGGAAAGACCCUAUCCCUGUGCCCCAUGUGGCUUCUCUUUUAAGACCAAGAGUAACUUGUACAAACACCGCAAAUCACACACCCACAGGGUGAAGGCAGGUCUGGCUCUUGGGGAGCCGAGAUCUUUAGAGGAGCAAGUCACUGAGUCAGAAGAUGAAUCCAGACAGCUAUCAUCAGCAUCCUCACUUACAGAGAGACGAGACAGCGUAGCCUCAAUCAAGAGUCAUGAAACAGACAGGCCCAAAGAUUGCUCUGGAGGAAAUGAUGACUCCUACGCAGUGAAAAAAAGACUGGCCCUGCGUCUAAGUAGAGGAAAACAUGGUCUUCGAGACUCAUCUGAUGAAAAGACCUCAUCUCUAAUUUUAGGGAGUAAAGGCAGUACAGAAUCAGGCUAUUUCUCUCGCUCUGAAAGUACUGAGCAGUCACAGGACAGCCCCCCAAACACAAGUGCCAAAAGCUAUGCCGAGAUCAUCCUCGGCAAGUAUGGACGUCUCGGACACCUACAGAGGAUGUCCCGGAACCAUAACCAGCAGCCCUCUGGUCAGGAGGACAAAAGCAUCCCAUUCACAGUCCCCAAGAAGCAGGUCAUCGACCAUAUCACUAAACUCAUCACGAUCAACGAGGCAGUGGUGGACACCAGUAAAAUUGACAGUGUAAAACCCAGGAGAUUCUCACUCUCCAGAAAGAAUAGUUCAGAGUCUCAAAAGAAUGCAUCUCUGAAAGAAACACUUGUUCACAGCCCCAAAGCUGGUGAUCUGGGCUACAAAAACAGCGGCUCCAUCACCAUGGGAGUUCCAUGUGAAAAAUUUCAUCAUGUAUCCGUAAAUGUUGAGCAGCCUGCUGGCCAAACAUCCACCGCCCCUUUGUUGAGAAGUCACUCAAUGCCAUCUGCAGCUAGCUCAUUUGACGCCUCCAGCACCGGCCUCAGUAAGUUCCGCCUCAGUCAGUCCUUUGAUGAACGACAGCCGGCAUCCCGUCGUUAUGGGAUGCUAAGACGGCAGCCAGCUAUUGAAAUCCCACUUGGUGCCGAAUUCACAAAAGAGGAACCUGAGGUUUCUCAUUCACUUUACCCUGACAGUGUUACCACUGUGCCUGACCACAAGCAAAGCCAACCACAGCCAUAUGAGUGUGAGGCCUGUGGCACUGGAUGCAAAGAUUGGGAAGGCUAUAAGAAACACAAGCAAAGCCUGUGCUUAGCACAUCAUCCCAGAAAUGAGGUGGUAAUUAGUCAAAUGGGGUGCUCACAGCUAAUUAACCACACAGUCAGAGCAGGAGCCUCAGCGAUGCGCAAGAGAAGGAAAGAAGAGAGUUUUGAAUUUGAUGAUCCCUCUUCUCCUUCAUUACCCUCUCCUGCCCUCUUGUCAGGACAGUGUAAAGAGGAAAGCAGUGUAGUUUAUGAAGGCCAGAGAAGACCGACACUACAAACCUGUUCAGUAAUCCAACAUACUAGUUCAUUUGAAAAACAAGAGUCUUUGUGCAAUGAGAAUCAAGGCACUGAGGCAACAAAAAACUCUCCACCUCAAGACGAAUAUCAACUGGUGCCUCAGAAACCACCCCAACAGUCGACAAAACUAGCAUCUCGAAAGCUGGUCCGCCAGCACAGUGUGCAGGUUCCAGAAAUACUGGUCACAGAAGAUUCGAACAUGAGCACAGCGGCCUCAAUAGAGCCAACCUCCACAGCAAAACAUUCAGAAAAACCUGAUGAGUUUCAGUGGCCACAGAGAAGCCCCUCUCUGGCCCAGCUCCCCAUUGAAAAGCUUCCUCCAAAGAAGAAGCGCUUACGUCUAGCCGAGGCCGCCCAGUCCUCUGGGGAAUCCAGUUUCGACUCUAUAUCCCUGCCCCGCAGCCCUAGUCAGGACAGUAGUGCAUCUUUUGCAUCCAGUCGUUCCACAUCCUUUGAAGAGUCGAAUAGACCAGACAUGGAGAUAGCAGGAUCAACUCCCCUGAGGAGAUCAAGAGCUCCUCUCAUGUUGACGGUGCCUGGGGUGCAUCAGCACAGAGAGAUGAGGCGCUCGGCAUCAGAGCAGGCGCCCCAUGACCCCCAACUAAGUGUCCUCAUGUCUGAGACCCGCAGUAAGUCUUUUGAUUACAGUUGCCUGUCCCCUGAGCGCUCUGCAGUGGGCUGGAGGGAAAGAAGAAAAUGUCUCCUUAUGAGACAUACUGCUAUCAGAGAUCCAGAUGAGGAAGAGGAGGAACGGUGCAACAUACAGAGCUGUAGUCCUGAACACGUCACCUCCACCACAUCUUCUCAAGCAAGUCCAACUUCUGUGUACUGCAGCCGGUCGCCUGCUUCUCCUUCAUCCGGUGACACAGUUUUACGUAAUCCAGUGAGAUUACAAUGCAAAGAGAACUUCUCCCAGUGGAAACUCAGUCAAAAUAUUCAGUUAACAGGCAGCACAGAACUCACAAAUGUAGAUCCUGUAAAAGAAGAGGCCUCACUCAUCCAUACAGAGAAGCCCCCUCCUCAAGCACCACAUCCCUAUCCUUCACAUGGACCAUCAGGCGCAGCCAGAGCUCGCUACCUCUCCAUGUCUACAGGGCUGAAGCUAGAGAUUCCCUUACCACAUGAGGAUUAUUCAGAGGUUCGAGUAAGUCCGUCCGUGCCUCAAAUCUCUUCCAGUCUAGAAUUACUGAGGCCAGUCACUUCUCCGACAGUAGCAGUGCGUCUCCAAACAGACACCCUCACCCUAGCAUGUGCCAUAUACACCACAUUUUCUAGGCCGCAGGAUGCGGUUGAUGCUGUUUCACACAAUAUAGGCAUCCCAACAGCUGAAUACAGAAACUAUAGGAACGUAAGUCCAGACGUACCAUCGUGGUCUGACGAGGGCCUAAGGAUAUCAGGCUCGGGGGGUAACAAGCGCAUGCUUUCCCCUUCAAACAGCAUAGAGCUAAUCGCUCAGCAGCAGCAGAAGCGAGUAAAAGAAGAAGAGGAGAAGGAGGUGGGAUGUGUUGACAAGCCAUCAGUGGACCCGUGCAAUCAGGAUCUCAAAAGGGAGAAUCAGACACGUCUAUCAAGUGUUUAUUGUCCCGUCACACAUGUCGGACCAUCAUACCCCAGUCUGCAGUCCAGCACCUGUAAUAGCUGGUGCUAUUUGAACUACAUUAAACCAAACCCUUCCACCCUGGAUGAACAGAAGCCCUCAGUGUAUUCAUCGUGGUCCACGAGCGACUAUGACCCCAACCCACCUGGCCUCUCCAGCAAGACAGCGCUCUCUCUGCUGCACUGCAAGCAAAGGCUCAGUCCCUCCAUCUACACCCUGUCCCCCAUGACAGUCAGGACAACUGAGUCAAUGGAGCAAGAGGACAACAAAAGACCGUGCUCCUCUGAGGUGUACAACAGCCAGUCAUACGGCAGAGACCACGAGGGAACCAGCAAGUUACAGCGGUCAGCAGGUGACAACAGGUCGAACAGCAAAGAGGAGCGGGAGGAAGAGAAGAAGAGAAACGAGGAGGAGGAAUCACAGUCGUGCUUCAGAAGUCGACAACCUCCCGAAGUCUGGAUCUCUGAGAGAGGAUCAAAUGAGAAGUAUGCUGUCCUGCAUGGUGGAGGGGGAGGGAAGUGCCAACGUGGGGACUGUCAGAAUACCAGUGUGCUGCAGAAAUGCAUCCGUGGCGUCACACAAUCGCCACCAUAUAACUGCAAACACUGUAACCUUUCUCCCAGAGCCGAAGGCCUCACCGAACACCUGAGGUCCGAGGCACAUGGAAAGGAAACCUGCUGUUACCCAGAUGGCACAGAUGAAGGAGUCUGUGAAGAGCGUCCGCUUCCCCCUGAGACGAGUCGACACGAUGAGGACGACAUCGCGAGGGACAAAGAUGGCAGACGGGAUGAAGACGCCAGGUCCGAGGCGGCUGAAAUGUCUCGCUCUGCUUCUUCUGACGGAGAGAAACGUCCUGCGGGAGGUCAGCCGAUGGAGCCUGAACCCAGCCAAUCAGAGGAGUCCACGCAGAAGAGCUCGGCCAGCGCCAUGAGAGCUCUGUUCGCCCGCAGACGCUUCGACGCCUCUGCGUCCUCCUCCGUCUCCCGCUCUCCAAGUACUCCUCCGUCUCCGUCACCCCCUCCCUCCCCCUCCAGUUGUCACGUCUCCACCGCCGCUCUGAGACCCGUCUCCCCCGUUGGAGGUCUUUCCCCGGUAACAGCGCAGCACGGUGGAUCGGACUCCUCCGGGCCGCCGGGCUCCCUCGCAGACGCCUCUGCUCAGUGUCGAGCUCGUCUUCACCUCAGAAACCGACCGACAGCAGAACUGUCUGUGGACGAGGUCGGUGCGACCCACUUCCCCCCACAUCCCACGCGGGCUCGGGGAGUCCACAACCUCCUGAGUCACCUCCCUCUGCACUCCCAGCAGCCGAGCAGGACCCCCAGCCUCCUGAUUCCCAUCGGGGGGAUUCACAUGAUUCAGCCCAGGUCCACCCUGCCUCUGUACAGCCUGGUGAGCAGACCCAUCGCAGCCACAGCCGCCGGGACGUCCUGGAGACUGGGGGACAAAGCUGCGAGGUUUCCUCCACCGCAGCCACGAGAUACUCUGGAAGAGACGUCGGCCGGCAGCACGCAGGACCCCGAGGCUUCAGGCGGGACGUCCCGGAGCAGCCGCUCAGACACUUUACUACACAGACACACGCACGGAUGCCUCGACGUCCAACGACCGGCGAGUCCCGGGACAGAGGCGAGGCAUCCGGACGUCGACACGGACAAGAGACACGUUCACCCCGAGACCACCCGAGGCCAAAAAAAGGCUCCUUCCCCGCAGACACAACUCUGAUAGGGGGGAGGGUCCGAAGGGACAACAAAAGGCAAGAGCACUUCAGCACCGCUUCUGAAUGACGCUGUUAUGUAAUUAUAUGAAUAAUAUAUAUAUAGACACUAUGUUAGAUAUGCAGUAUGUUUUGUAAAUCUUUUUUUACCCUCUUGUUUGAUGUCAUCGGUGUUAAUUUAUUUAUGUGCUAUUAUGCAAAUUCUGUACUAUAUGCAAAAGCAGCUGGAAUGAAAAUAGACAAAGUUUGAAUCAGUUUUCCUUAUUAACCCUUUGACAGCUCUACUAUACUGUUGCUGUGUUAUUGUACUGUAUUACCAACAUGGAUAUAGAAAGGUACAUAUUUAUUCACCCGACCAGUAUUUUGAAGUGCAAUUUUAUGUCACGAUUGUGGUUUGAAACGUCAUUCUUAAAGGCUGUGAUUACUAUUAUUUUUUAGUUUUGUUGUUGUCGUCUUUGUUUGUGUUUCAAAGAAGCAGGGUUUACGAUCGCCUCCUUUUCUAAAGUCUUCAGGAAAAAGAAGUUUCAGAUCCAGACAUUCGGAGUUGCACUGACACAUAAUUUGAUACCCAGAGGAACCCUGUUUCGCGUACCUGGUAGCUACGAGCAGUUUUUUCAUACACAGAAACAUGUAUUUUUGUGUUGUUGCUUUUAUAAAUGAUACAAUCACUCUGUCAUUUUUCAUGUUUACCAUUAAACUUCUCAUUUUUCAGAUUUAUA